UCGGUGACGUCACGGACAGCGCCAUCCUCGAGCUUGGAGCUUGUGGCUCCUGAUGCUGGUAGGAGCGUGUCAGUCUGUCAGCUUAGCUUACCGCGCGACUUCGGGCACAAGGAAUCUCUCCACCGCAGACUUUGACGAGAGAGGCUGUGGUGGUCGAGGGCUGCUGAAGAAAGUAGAGAGAGGUAGAGAGUGAGCGACGCCUGGAGAAGACGUCAACAGAGCGCACCGGAAGCGGUCCGAGAAUGAACAGUGUGAUCUACCAUGCCUUUUCUCAGAAAGAGGCAAAAGAGUUCGACAUUCAGCACCCAGGAACCCAGCGGGCCGAGGCCUUUGUGAGGGCCUUCCUGAAGCGGAGCAUGCCCCGCAUGAGCCAACAAGCCCAGGAGGACCACCUGCAGCGCAAGGCCGUUGUUCUGGAGUACUUCACUCACCGGAAGCAGAAGGAAAAGAAAAAGAAAUCUAAAGGCCUCUCUGCCAAGCAGAGGAGGGAGCUGCGGCUCUUUGACAUUAAUCCAGAGCAACAGAGAUACAGUCUUUUUCUCCCUCUACAUGAACUCUGGAAACAGUACAUCCGCGAUCUGUGCAAUGGUCUCAAACCAGACAUGCAGCCACAGAUGAUUCAGGCCAAGCUUUUAAAGGCAGAUCUUCACGGCGCUAUUGUUUCAGUUACAAAAUCCAAAUGCCCCUCCUAUGUGGGCGUUACAGGAAUCCUUCUACAGGAAACAAAACACAUUUUCAAAAUUAUCACUAAAGAAGACCGCCUGAAAGUUAUCCCCAAGCUAAACUGUGUGUUCACUGUGGAGAUCGAUGGCUUUAUUUCCUACAUUUAUGGGAGCAAAUUCCAGCUGCGGUCAAGCGAGCGUUCUGCGAAGAAGUUCAAAGCAAAGGGAACAAUUGACCUGUGAGCUCUUCCUGCCUAAGGGAAUCGUUUAUGACAGCGAAAAACUGGAAACAACCUGAAUUACCCACCUUUCAGGGAAGAGAUGGCCGGGCCAGUUCUGGUUAGAGACCACCUCCAGCUGGUCUAAAUCAGAGUUAAGGACGUUUAAUCAUCUGGGAAGAAGCACACUGUACUGAGCACAGAAGUCAGAGACCACAGGGAUGUGUCUUUAUAGAUGCUCUUGUUUUUGUAUUACUCCCAUGGACAGAAAAGAGUGGCAGAAAACACCAGAAUUAACACAGGUUGACUUGAAUAGUGAGUUUAUUUGGUUUUUCUUUUUCAUACUUUUCAGUGUUUUCAGAAUGUUCUAUGAUGAAUGAGUUGUUUAUGUGAUAAUAAAAUAUGCAUGUGGGCA